AUGUUCCAACCGAACAUUCCCACCACCCACGUUCUCAGCCAACAUCCACUUCCCACCCACAACCACUACUACCACAACUUCAGCUUCUCGCCACCCGCAACCAUCGCUACGUUUUCAACUUUUACAAAAAACUAUCCUGAUGUUGCCGCGUCAGCUGAUCGCCUGGUCACGUGCACCAGUAAACCGGAAAUGAACGCUAUUUUAGAGAAACCUGAAGAGAAACUGUUCAGAGUUGAGCUGAAUAAUUCACUAAAUAAAAAGUUAAUGCUGCAGACAAAAUGCAACCUAAGGACAAACAACAAGGAAGGACCAGGCUCUCUGACACACGAAGGAGACAUGGCCACCUUCCCCGGCAUGCUAUCUAUCUCGAAGGCAGUGAAAAAGUCGACGCUACUGACGAAAUCUUUUCAGAUGCUGCAACAACCACAACAACAACCACAACAACUCCAUCAACAAUUUCACCAACAUCACCACCAGCAGCAGCCUCUGCAUCUACCACAGUUCCCACCGCUACAACAGCAACCACAUUAUCCAACCCAAACUCUGCAAUGCACAAAUAAAAAUCAUCAUCACCAUCAUCAACAACAACAACAACAUCAACAACAUCAACAACAUCAACAACAGCAACAACAUCAACAACAACAACUACAUCAGGAACCACGAAACAAGGAACAUCUGGACGUAUUUGUAAGCAGUCCGUGUACGUGUAGGUGCGCAUGUGAACACGGUGUUGAUGGUGACGAUAGUAUUGGAAAUGGUGGCGAACUUUUCAUACAGUGCAAUCACGUUGCCGACGACCAACUGAACAUCAUAAGCUGCAACAACAAAUUAAAUUGCGACCUAUCUAACAAGGAGCGUGAACACAGUCUCAACAAUAAGAACAACAACGGCAACAUCAACAACAAAAGCAAUAGUCCUUAUUUGAAUGAUAAUUUGAAGAAUUUUUCAUUUUUGUCAUUCAACAACAUCGAGCCAGCAACAUCAGCCGCAACAAAACCACCGUCGAAGAACGACGAAACAAUAUGCGCCUGUGAUCUGUUUGAUCUCGAUCAUGCAGCGACAAACUACACAACAACUAACUACAACACAUCACAAACAGACAUCAACGAUGACAACAACAACAACAUCAGCAGCAGCCACACCAUCUGCAGAAGCGACAAAAUUGACUUCAUAAACAACAACGACAACAAGUUUCAACAAAAAGUGCGCCGAUGUUUAAAAAAUGCUGAUUACAAUGCCGUUCUGCCAGACAAUAACAAGGAUGACGAUGAAAAAAAUGAUGAUGACGACGAUGAAGAUGACGACGAUGAAGAGGAUGAUGACAACGAUGAUUGUGGUGAAGAUAAAGAUGCUUGCAACAUCAGAAAUCUCGGUCGAACAAACAACAUCCCUCUGAAAAAUAAUAAAAGAGAUAUAAAAACUAAUCAAUUGUACAAAUUCAGGACAUUGCUGCCUUCAUCGCACAUAAAAUUCUCAAAAAUCCAACAGACUGGCCACAAAAACUUGCAGAACGACUUUUCUGAUGUUAGUCGCAACAUCAAUUACAAGCAGAACAAUCAGACGCUGAACAUCAUUAGCUCGAAGAACAAACACAAUCAACUAAGCUGCUUGUUAAGUUUCAAUAGAAAGAAAAAUUCUAAAAAUGCCAUCUGCAAUACCGACCACAACUUCAACAUCGGCAUCCACCACGAUUGCUGCACGGCUGACAUCAACAACGGCAACAACAACAGCAGCAACAUCAACAACAACACCAACAAUAACAACAACACCAACAACAUCAACAACUACAUUUGCAACUUGAGCAACGUUGCAGACUCAACGCAGGGCAACAAAAUUGUCACGACAAAUCAGCAUUUGACAUCAUUUUCCUUUGAUGACAAUCAUUCUAAAACGCUCUCCGCCUCAUACGAUCCCCGUUUUAAAACCAUCAAAUUCUGCAAUAAAAACAACAACAACAAUAAUAUUAACAACAUGAACGUAACAAAACUCAGCAACAACAAAACGUGUAACAGCAAAAACGCUAGAACAACCUGGAACGGUGAAUUUACUGAUAAAAAAAUUAAGAGAUCGGAUAGCCUGUUGGAUGCAACGUUACAGACGCUAAACAAAAAAUUAAACACAGAUGACAUCAUCACUAACGCUUCUGACAUCAAUGUUCUUUAUGACAAUAACAAUAACAACAACAAUGACAGUAAUGACAGUAAUGACAACGGUUCUUGCAGCAACAACAACAACAUUAACAACAACAACAACAACAUAGAAAGUACGGACGAAGAUGUUUGUCAGCCCGUUCGUGAUCAUCAACAGCACUACGACACCUCGACACAACAGAUGCAAAGUUUCAUGUUACAAAAUUACGAGAAUAAGAGGACUGCUUUUCCUCCAUCUCCCCUGACAACACGCGUGCGUUUGUGUGGUUGUUGUUUUCGCUGCAGCCACUCACGCGCCAAACUGCCGCUAACUACCGCGGCGACUACGAAGAACAAACAUUCCACACAUUCUCUCAAAGCCCCGACGCCAACGGCACUGAGCAUGAACAACAAUCGCUGUUUUGUGGUCACGUUCAUUACGUUUCUUUGUCUUUUUGGGGCCCUUGCAGUGGCUGCUGUAUGGAACAGAGGUGAGUGA